GGUGAAUUUCUAAUGGUUUGAUCUGUUGUCAAUCUUAAUGUGUUUUUUCCUCCUCCACUCCCCCACCAGCUGAUAGCCUUUGGGGUGGGGUGUAUAAAAUGAAAAGAACAAGCCUGUGUGCCAAACAGUGGAGGUGUGAGCAAGUGAAGUGACUGUUAGGCUCUUUCUAGUGACCCAUCAUGGCAUCAACUGAGAAUGUUUCCAAAGCAGAACAGCAAGAGCCAGAAACCCAGCAGAGUGUGGUUGAAAGAGUAACAAACCUGCCUCUAGUGAGCUCAGCCUGUGACACGGUAUCAGCCGUGUAUGACAACACGAAGGAGAGCCACCCCUAUGUGAAGACUGUGUGUGAUGUGGCUGAGCAGGGAGUGAAGACUCUGUCCACUGUGGCUGCCAGUGGUGCCAAACCCAUUCUGGACAAGUUGGAACCUCAGAUUUCAGCUGUUAAUGAGUAUGCCUGCAGGGGCUUGGACACACUGGAGGAGAAACUUCCAAUCCUUAAUCAGCCUGAAGAUCAGGUCUUUGUUGAUGCCAAGGAGCUGGUGACCUCAAAGGUGACUGAUGCAAAAGAUGCUGUGACUGGAGUUGUUGACGUGGCCAAGGAUGCUGUGCAGGAGAGCCUGAAGAGAACCACGGCAGCUGUGGCUGAAGGUGUCCACGUAGUCCUGGAUUCCAAAGUGGGCCAGAUAGUGGCUAGUGGUGUUGAUGCCACGCUUACCAAAUCUGAAGAGCUAAUUGAUCACUAUCUACCAAUGACUCAGGAGGAACUAGCUGAACUGGCCACUUCCGUUGAAGGUUCUGAGGAGACUCCAGGCCAGGAGAGGAGUUACUAUGUGCGUCUGGGAUCUCUUUCCUUGAAGGUCCGCAAUCGUGCAUACCAGCAUUCUGUCGCCAAGAUUCAGCUCGUCAGGAACAGUGGUCAGGAAACUCUCUCUCAGCUCCACCAUCUCUUUGAUCUGAUUGAGAUGUCCAAGAAAGGAACUGAACUGACUCGUGACAAACUACAGGAGGUUCAGGAAGGUCAGAACACGAAGCAGCCUGAAGAUCAGACGGAGGUUCUUGAUGAACCCAAACAUCCUGAAUCCAAUACAUUGGCAAUCAUGCGUAACCUAACUGAGCAGCUGCAGAAGACCUGCCUCUCCCUGGCAUCCAAUAUCUCUGGUCUCCCCCAAAACACUGUGGACCAAGUGAAGGAGAUGGGCAAAGCGGCUGAAGAAAUCAGUACCUUCAUCUCCUCAGCUGGUUCCUUCCAGGAUCUCUCGGGGAAACUCCUGGCCCAAAGCAAAGAGCAAAUGAAGAAGAUUCGAGAGUCUCUGGAUAGUGUGAUGGACUACAUGCAUCACAACACUCAUCUCAACUGGCUGGUGGGACCGUUCGCCCCACAGCCAAUUGAGCAAACUGAGCCACAGGAGUUAAUGGGCAUCGACUAA